AUGCCCUACCAUGUCAUUCGGUUUCGACAGUCGAGACUAGCUGCUAUUCGACAGACAUCCUUCAAUGACGACCAUGAUCUAUUUUCUGCUCGACCAUGGACUGAGUUUUCCAUCAAUGAAGGUUCCAGCUUGAAGGUAUAUUCGCAAUACGAAUAUUUUCUCCGUCGGACGCCUUCUCUGAUGAGCGCAAUGCUGCUGUGUCCAUCUCCAGGACUGACGUUCAUGCUUAGCAAGCUAGAGAAGUUCACUUAUACGGCGAUAUUUCCCUUUUACAAUCACGUGGAUCAUGUUCUCAAGAACAUCCGCAAAAUGUUGAAUCUGAAGCAUCUUCGUUUUAGACUUUGUCCAGAUCCCAGUAGCAGUGUCAUUGACGAUGAGCUGGUGGAAACGAAGGGUCACAUUGACCUUGUUGAUGCAUGGAUGGAGUUUAAUACUUCAUAUGGGCUGGUUGGUCACACAGUACGCUUGCUUUCCGUUGAGUAUUCCUUGCAGGAAUUUCAAGUCGAAGAUGUCUCGAUGGAAGGCAUUAAAGAUGGGUUGAUAGAGAGCCUGGAUGCAAUUUUAGGCAGCAAGAUGGUUCACCAGGGAGAUGGGUUGUGGAGGCGGAGUCAGCCCACCGAAGAGAAUAACAAUAGUUUUGGACAUUGA